UUCGACCGGGGCUUCAGCGGUUCGAGAGCAAUAGAUCUGCUCGCUGAGCUUUUGCAACCAGAUUCUACGCGAGACACUCGCUGUCAUUCCCUGCGACACCGCCUGGACCCGUGGAGCACAACCUUUCAACGUCCUACACGAGCAUAACGUCGCUCGUUCAGCGGCCGUCCCACUGUUUGCGAGAUCGGCUUCCUGCUUGGCACCAUUUCCGGCAUACCAGGCUGCUGACCACGAUCAUUCUUUCCACGACAGCUGCCUGAGGAAAGAUCGCAUCAUUGGAGGAAGCUGCAGGUUGGACCUCUGAAUUACUUAUUGUCAAAAGAUUGGAGCAUGCACGCAGAGGAUGUCGCGAAACAAGAGCCGGAGAGUGACUCGCCGGGAUUGAGCGCGAGCGCCGCGAGUCCUGCUCUGACGAACGUCUCGAAAACGAGCAAUGGCACCGCCACCACGACCCCCACGACCACAACCAAUGCCAAUGGCACUGUAAAGCCCGCAUUCCCACCGCCCAAGACGGAUAAGCCACGGCCGCACGUGUGCCAAACAUGCACUCGGUCGUUCGCCCGCUUGGAACAUCUCAAGCGACAUGAACGAUCUCACACGAAAGAAAAGCCGUUCGAGUGUCCGGAGUGUACACGAUGUUUCGCACGUCGAGAUCUGCUGCUUCGCCAUCAGCAAAAGCUCCACAUGACCAACACUACUACGCGACCACGCACUGGCCGACGCGAGAGUGUGGCGGGCGGGAAUGGCAAUGGCAGAGUGCGCAAGAAUUCGGUCGCGAAUAUCAAUGUGAAUGGCAUUAACGGCGCAGCUUCGAAUCAGAUUCGUCCACGAGCGAACACGAUCAGCCACAUCGAUCUCUCUUCCCUGGGCCUGAUGGAUGGCCACGCUCAGAUGGACCGCAUGAAUGCACUGGGCUUGGGUAUGAACGGCGCCGGCAUGAUGGGUACGCAUCCAGGCCUUGGACACUUCGACUAUCGUGGCAUGUCUACUGCGAUGGGCCAGCACGGAAACCUGCAUGGUCUUCCCAAGCUAGACACGGCUCACGCCAAUCAUAUGGAUAUGACGAACUCGCUCCGAACGGCACCUCCUCAGGCAAGCUUUGGCGGGUUCGACAUUGAUCAACUUUUCACUCCACAUACGACGAUAAAUCCAGCCGCCUUGCAUUUUGGCUCGGCUGGGCAAAUCUCAUCAACUAAUAUUCCUUUUGGCCUUGAGGCUGGCACAAAUCAGCAAGUCCCCAUAGAUGAUGACUUUGGCUGGAUGAGGAACUGGGGUAUGAACAUGGCUGGCAAUGAUCACGAGAAUGCCAUCGAAGAGUCCUCACCAUCGCGCAUGAGCAGUGGCGACAGUCCUGGGGAUUUUUCGGAGAGCAUGACAAACAGUCAAGCUGCCAUCCCGAUCCAGAACAACUUUCAGUGGCAUCCGCAAGACCUUUCCCUCCAGCAGACUCUCUCGCAUUCAUCCACUGGCCCCUUCCAGCUUGAUGGACUCUGCAAUGGCCUGCCUUCAUUGGACCAACAGAAUGGAACAUUGUCACCAUCCAGCCUACAUGAUCCCACGCCUACUGGCGAUACUUACUUCCACCAAGCGAUGAUGCAACACAAUAAUGCCUCAUUGCAGAGACACCCAUCUCAGGCGGACAUCAUGCAGAAUCAGGGCGCCAAUUUCUUUGGUGCUCCGGUUUCGAACAUUGACUCUGACAGCCCUGGCAUGUCUUCGCCGUCCAUGACGAGCAGCACAAGCGCUAGACAGAGCUCCAUGACAUCGAUGUCAACAGAUUCGAUAACCGAGUCUACCAGGCAAGCGCUUCUGAACAGCUUGUCGCAGCCUUCCCUUUUGGUUGGUCACAAUCAACGCAAGUACUCACAGCCUACAGUGAGCUCUCCCCUAUCUGGCGGAGCAGGCGCGCGAAACGCAACUCCCGAAGGUGUCACGCUACCCAGCCGCGCGGACUUGCAACGGUACAUCGAAGCGUUCAUGCAGUAUGCCCAUCCACAUCUGCCAAUCACCCAUAUUGCAACUGUGACAUUCAAUCCUGUGGACCUUGUCGCGCCUCAAAAGGGAUCACCGCCAGCAUCGUCUUCCCCGUUCGUCACCGCCAACGGUCCACAAUGUCUUAUUCUUGGUAUGGCCGCUAUCGGUGCUCUCUACGAGUACGACCAUCCGGCAUCGAAGAACCUGUUUGAGGCUGCGAAGAAGAUGAUUUCCCUGUAUUUGGAAGACAGGCGCAAGGCCGACAUGGCAUCUGCAAUCAACCGGGAAGCUUCGCAUAGCACAACACCGCUGUGGCUUGUGCAAGCCAUGCUCCUCAACGUCAUCUAUGGCCACCACUGUGGAGAUCGUCUGGCCGCAGAGAUCUCUAGCAACCACAUUGCCGCACUCGUGAGCCUGGCACGAAGUGCCGAUCUGCAGACGCUUGACGAGCCACGGUCCGCCAACGGCGACACCGCGAUGGGCAAUGGCGAUAACAGUGACUUGCACGCCACUUGGAUCAAAUGGAAGACUGCGGAAGAACAGAAGCGCUGCUUCUUCGGAAUUUUCAUCUUGUCGAGCUUGCUGACCACUGCGUACAAUCAAACGCCGUCCAUCAUGAACUCCGAGAUUCUGCUCGAUUUGCCGUGCGAGGAAGAGCUUUACGAAGCUCCUUCUGCUGAAGAGUGGCACGCACGUGGAGGCCUGGCGAGAGUUGAGGAGAACUCGCUCUCUUUUGCCGAUGCUCUAAGCUCUCUGCUCACAGCAAAUCAAAGGAGCUCAACUUUCGACAAUGGCAACUUUGGAGCCUCUGGUAGCAAUUUACCUGCUUCUGAAAUCAAGCCUAGCACGUUUGGAUGCUUGGUAUUGAUAAAUGCGCUGCACAACUACAUCUGGGAGACCCGAAGCAGACAUCGAGGGCGCGAAUGGACGAUGCAAGAGACGGAGUCCAUGAUCGCAAAUAUCGAGCCUGCUCUCAACGCCUGGAUGGCCGCAUGGAAAGCCAACGAACGGCAUACGCUGGAACGACCGAAUCCCUUCGGACUUGGCCCACUUGCUGCUGACAGCAUCCCUCUACUCGAUUUAGCGUAUGUGCGAUUGUACGUGAAUCUCGGCCGGACAGCAGAGGCUUUCUGGGCAAGAGACUUCAACAAAAUGGCAGAAGAGCUCAUUGCCUUCAAUGCAUUCGAAGAGAGCUCAACAAAUGAUGCCAAGACUCCUGACACACGCAAGUCGCCAGAUACCAGGACCCUAGCUCAGCGCAGAACGUCUUCCGCUAUUCCGAACGAUCAAGCGGCAUCGACGAGGCGCGAGCGUCAUUUGCGGAAAGCUGCAGCUUACGCAGCCGAUGCAUUGACGGUGGCGUGCAGAUUCAAUCUCACCUACUCUGACGCGCACGCACAUGAGCUUCCAAUUCAAGCAGCAAUUUGCUUCUUAGACUGCGCUCAAGUUUUGGCUGAGUGGGUGACUACCGUCCAAGAGCGAACCGGCAAAUAUCUUGGCGUCCUUGGAAGGGAUGCAGUUGAUUACACAGACGUUCCAGCUGUCAUGCUCCUCGCGCCAGAGGACAUGGAGAUGCUCCACAAGUUGGAACAAAUCUAUACGAGCAUGAAAGAAAAGCACGCUCACCAAGAGAUGAACCUGAUGGCGAUGAACCCCAACAAUUUCAGCACAAACAUGCACCACAAUGUCAACUUGGACAGGUGUGGAUAUGGAAGCAAGAUUAUGCGAGUGACAGCCAUGAUGCUGGAGAAGGCUGUCAUUUGGCCGAUUACACAUGUAAUGGCCGCAGCGCUCGAGAUUCAAGCCGGUCAUAUGGAUCGCCGGUCUCUUCAGUGUACUGGCGAGCUGUCUGAGACGACUGCAUAAACCGAACUGCUUUCAUCUUGACACCAUAUCCAAAAGGACAUCGACGCCCAUCGCCGAGCUGAAGCAACCUAACACUUCUUAAGUCGACUUUUCGCAUACGUUGUACAGGAAUCCCGCUGCUGAUGAACAACUUAUCUAACAAAUGGAUCGUGCAUGGGAUCAGGAGAGAUAUUCCAAAAACAAGAUAAAAGCUCAUUGAUGCAUUUGAAGGACCGGUGGGGAAAAAUGCAUCACUGUCGUUACAUGGGCAUCGCGUUGGCAGUGCGCUUCAGCUCAGGAUUGAGGGAAUGUUACCAAAGAGUCCGUCCUACGGCGCGGACGCAAAAAUAUAUUGACGAUAUGAUGACCAUGGUGAAUGGGGAUGUUUAGUAGUAACUUAUGGUUAUUGGAAAGGGAAGGACAUUGGGCGUGGGCAAAAGUGCGCAUGUAAUACUUUGUCCAUAAGAACUACUAUGGCAGGCU